CCGGGAAGGUCUGGAGCCCGGAGCCGGAGGAGAGGCGCGGCGGGGAGGGGGUGGCUGGCGGGACCGGCGCUCAGAGUUUGGAGACACUCCCUGGGGAGGCCAGGAAUGUGCUGGCGCUGAAGGAGCGAGCGGAUUGCAGCGGAGCUCCGUGACAGGGGGGCCCGAGAGGCGGCGGGCACACCGGGACCGGCAUCGGGACUAGCGGGGCGGCAGCAAGAGCGCAGCGACGAGACAUCCCGCUAGCCGCAGGCGGUGUCCUGCAUUCGACAUGGCAGAACCGCUAUUCCGCAAAACUUUCGCCAAACUUCGAGCCCGAAGAAGGAAAAGUCUGAAGGGAGCACGGAGUGAAGAUCCUGAGGUCACAGACACGGCAGCGACUGCCACAAAUGGAGAGAAUAACCAGGCAAUGUGUACGAUCGGUGAAGAACAGAGUAACAGGGACUGCACCUCUGGUUCAUCCAGGAGUCUUGGCACACCUGCACCUCCCUGCGGUACGGACAGUGGAAUGGACUGCACUAAUCGUGCCACGUGUGUGUCCAGCCUGGCACGGAGCUCCAGCCCAGAGCAGGACGCCCACACCGCAAGGCAGAGUGAAGUGAGGAGGGACAGAGUGGGGGAAGGGGCGAUCUGGUACAAUCCCAUUCCAGAGGAUGAGUACGUGAUGCCAGUGCCACGCAAACCUGGGAGCAGCAAGGCAGUGUGGUACGUGGAGAUGCCCCAGCCGAGCGAGGCCGAGACCGGCACCGGUGAUGGUGCGUGGAAGCCCAGCUGUUUGGCGGCAGCAAGCUGCACCGAGAGGACACUGGAGUCACGAACAAUAAGAUGUCCAGCUGAAUCCUCGCCUCCGAAAUCCCGUGCACCUUCGCACCCAGUGCCAGCCACUGGAGUGUCAUGGAGUUGCGGUCAGCAGGGGAGCAGUGCACAAAAGACCAGACAGUCAGAUGGUGUAGCAGACGUCCAGAUGGAGAGUAACCAGGGUCUGCCCCCCAGCCCCCGCCCGGCGAAGAAGAGGGCGGCGGCCCACCGCUCGCUGUCCGACCGGGUCAAGUCUCCUGGCACGGUCCGCAGGCUGUCGAUGAGGAUGCGCCGGCUGCCAGACCUGCGGCGCAAGCUCAGCCUGAGGGGGACGUCCCGCUCGGCGCGCGAGGGGCCGGGGGAAAGCGGUCCUCGACCGGCUGCCCCUCCCUCGGGGCCGCCGCUGCCCCCCUCUGACCGCAACGUCAUCUGCCGCUACCACCUGGACAGCAGCGUCAGCGCCCGCGGCGGCCAGCCGCGGCCCGCCAAGCCCGGGGCGCCCCGCUCGCUGAGCCGGCCCGGCUACCUCAGCGAUGGCGACUCGCCGGAAAUGGCGGCCAGGGCUGGGAAGCUCGGCAGCCGCUGGCUCCAGGGCCUGGACACGGCCUCCUUCCGCCCCUACGGCGGGGGGGAGCCGCCGCGCUGCUUGCAGUACCUGUCCGGCCUCAUCCACAUCCGCCUGUUCGGCAUCGAGGGAGUCCGGCCGCCCCGGCCGGGCCUCAGGGACAUCUUCUGCACCAUCCAGGUGGACUCGGUCAGCAAGGCCCGCACCGCCCUGCUCACCUGUCCGGACUCCUUCCUCAGCCUGGAUCACGCCUUCAACAUCGAGCUGGAGCACUCCCAGCAGCUCAAGAUGCUGAUCUUCACCUGGGACCCCAGCUCCUGCCGCAACCGUAUCUGCUGUCACGGGACCGCCUUGCUCCCUCCGCUCUUCAGAGGAACCCGCACUCACCAACUUGCCCUGCAGUUGGAACCCCGUGGAGUCCUCUACCUGAAGGUGUCUCUGGUGGAGGUGUGGGAGGUGCCGGUGGGCUACGCUGACGAGCAACGAGAGCCCAGGGUCUUCAGGAUGGAGCUCAGCGAUCUGGUGGAGCGGGAGCGUUCUGGAGUCAGUGUGCCGCUGCUGAUACAGAAGUGUGUCUCUGAGAUUGAGAAGCGAGGCCUAAAGGCUGUAGGUCUGUAUCGCCUCUGCGGAUCGGCCGCUGUGAAGAAGGAGCUGCGAGACGCCUUCGAACGGGACAGUGCUUCUGUGGACCUGAGCGAGGACAUGUAUCCAGACAUCAACGUCAUCACGGGCAUCCUCAAGGACUACCUUCGCGAGCUUCCGUCUCCCCUCAUCACAAAGACCCUGUACGAUGUGGUGCUGGAGACCACGGCCGCAUGGCCCCUGAAGAUGUCCAAUGGUGUGCCCGAGGCCAACCUCAGCGCCGUCAACGCGGUGGUUCUUCUUGACUGCCUCCCUCCGGCUGAGAAGGCCACACUGACUCUGCUCCUUGACCAUCUGAGCCUGGUGGCCUCGCUGCAGGAGUCCAACAAGAUGACGUGCCAGAACCUGGCAGUGUGCUUCGGGCCGGUGCUCCUCGGCCAGAAGCAGGAAAACUCCCAGCACGGCUCCUGCGCCUUCUCGCACUCCAAGGAGCUGGCCAACGCUCUGGAUUUCAAACGGCACAUCGAGGUCUUACACUACCUACUGCAGCUGUGGCCCAGUGAACGCAUCAGACAGAAGCGCGAUGUGCUGAUGGAGCGGCCGGUGUCGACCAACUGCCUGCGCCCCAGAGCCCGGACCCCUGCGGGCAGCCCGGUCUCGGAGGAGGUGGUGUGCCGUACGCGGGUGGGGAGAUCCGCAAGCUCGUCCCGUUACCGACACGCCGGCGACUGGAGCAGCUGUGGCCGGAACCUGCUGCGCACGGGGAACGACCAGGAGGCGGGUGACCGCGACCGGUCCGCCUCGCUGGACACCGGUGUCCCGGGCUCGCUGGGACCCGCAGACCCACGGGGAGGUGGCCCCCACCAGACGGAGUUGCGGGGCGGCAGCCGCGUGCGUCGUGCAGACACGUGGGGCAGAGGCACGUGUCACACAGACACGUGGGACAGAGGCACGUGUCAGACGAACACGCGGGACAGAGGUGCACGCCACACGGACACGUGGGAAGGCAGCGCACGCCAAAUGGACACGCAAGACAGUGGCCCACGCCACACAGAAAUUAGGCUGUGUGACUCUGACUGCACAGGCGUGCACGACACGAGGCUGCUGCACACAGGCACGUGGGACGGUGGGCCACGGCAUACAGCUUCACAGGACAGCAGUUUUCGGCACACAGAUACACGAGAUUGUGGUUCCACGUCGACCAGCAGACGCGAUUACGAUUUGUACCCAGUUAACGGACGAGGUGACAAGUUGUUCCCUGACAGCAGCCACGAUGGUGGGCUGUUUCCCGAUGGCGGAGAGCUGGACUUUGAAUCCAGUCUUGGUGGGAGGACGAAGGAAUUCGACAGCUUAAUCGCGGACAUUGAGCGGGAGCUCGCCAAGAAGAUCAUCUUCCUCUGAGACUUGGGGACAGGGGGUGCAGGGGCCUGAUUUGGCAGCAGGCAUGGGCUGGCCAGCUCUCGGCCCUCACUCGUCCCUGAGCCGCUCUGUAACAGCAGGGUCCAUUUGGCAACGUGGAGAUUACCACAGGGUUCACAUGUGUUCUCCCUAUAUGUGUGGAGUACAUGGAUCUCCCCUUCGUUUUGUCUCUGAGGAGGUUUGUUGAUCAGAUUUUCCCCCCAGGCUUACCCCUACCCCAUCAGGUUUCUGCCCCUCUCCCACGCUCCCUCUCAGUGACCCAGGCACUUGAGCUCCCAAUUUACCACUACCCCACGUUUCUCAUCCUUCCCAUCCCCAAGGUUCUCCACUCAACAACUCUGAAGAUCUGUGGGGUUUGUGUACCCUCACCUCCCUCCACCAUUCUUCUUCCCCCCUCUCCCUCACCCCUCCCUCCCCACUCUAUCCCUCACCCCCUCCCCUCUCUAUCCCUCACCCCUCCCUCCCCUCUAUCCCUCCCCCUCCCGUCCCUCUCUAUCCCUCACCCCAACUUCCCCUCUCCCUCACCCCCUCCCCUCUCUAUCCCUCACCCCUCCAUCCCCCUCCCGCCCCUCUCUAUCCCUCACCCCAACUUCCCCUCUCCCUCACCCCCUCCCCUCUCUAUCCCUCACCCCAACCCUCUCUCUCCCUCACCCCAACCUCCCCUCUCUCGCCCAUACCCCUCCCUCCCUCUCUCUCCCUCACGCCUCCCUCUCUCCCUCACCCCUCCCUCCCCUCUCUCUCUUGCCCCUCCCUCACCCUUCCCCCAAGCUGCCUCACCACAUCCUCCCAACCCAGCCCCUCCCACAACGCCAUGUUGGACUCUGGUGUUUAAAUUCGAGGUUCUUUCAGAAGUCGGGGAUGAUCCAUUAAGCUUGUUGAUUCACGAUUGUUUUAAGAAUUGAUAGAGCAACGGGAAGUUGCAACAACCAGAGUUGGAGUCUGCUACUUGGAGAGAGAGAAGAGAAGGUAAAGAUGGUAUCUAGCAUGAAACAGCUACUUUUAUACCCAAAGAUAAGGAAAAUUCCACAGAACCAAUUAGAAAAUCAUCAUCAUUAUGCGCCGUGUUGAAUGACAUCAGCCAUCAUGGUCCUCCAUAAAUGUCCUUGGCAAAUUUUUCUACAGAAGUGGCCAAUGUCUUUACAAGAUGGGUGGCCCCAACCAUGACCAAUACUCUUUAGGGACUGUCUGUUGGUCACAUAACUUGUGAUAUGCUGCAGCAGCUCAUACAACAUUCGGCACCUGAUCCCGUGGCUUCAAAUGCCCCUGAUCAGGUGAUAAACCUUGCCCAGGCUAGCAGAGGGAAGGCACCUUGCACCUCCUUUGGUAGAGAUAUAUCUCCAUCCCACUGUCCAAAUUAGACAAUACUUCAUCAUUACUGCAAUAAAUUUAACCAAUAAGAAGAUACUCAUUCCAAGAAUGAAUGAACAAAGAGGUUUCAGAAUUUUACUUUGUACAGCUUCUAGAGACCUAAUGAUCUGUUAUGCAUAUAAUGGCUACUUAAAACAUUAGCAGAUAAUUAAUUGUUCAACUGCAAAGAUAAUGUCAAUUAAACACUUGGAUCCAACAUCUACUUUACCACCACCUCCUCCCCCCUCAUCUCUCUUGCCCCUCUCCUCAUUUCCCCUCCCACCCUUCCCUUAUGAUCCACUCCCUUUCCCACCUCUCUUGCCCCUCUCAUUACCGUCUUCCCAUCUCACUUCCCGUUCAUCACUACAUCCCCCUUCCCCUCCCUCCCUAUUUUUCCCGUCCAUCCCCACUCCUCCCUCUCUACCACCCCUCGACUUAUACCUCCGUCUCCCUCCUCAUCCCUCACCAACCCCCUCAUUCACUGCCUCCAUCCACUCCCUUCCUCUCCCACUCCCUCCAAGGCCGCCAGAGGGGGAUCAAAGGAGGUACUGCUUCCUCCAGCCUGUUCACCUGGGGAGGAUAUGCUGCCGAGGGUCCUACUGCUGGAAAUGUGCCUGAAGAACUAGGGACAACGGCAGCCCCAAACCAGAGAGGGAUCACAGGCUCUCUUCAUCCUGUAUUGUUCCCUCGCAGCACCCUUCCCAUCGCCUGUCUCUCCCCCUCUCUUUGUCUCUGUCCCUGAAUGUAUCCUUUUACCCCUGCCUCCCUCUGUCUCCGUCCCUGUCUUCCAGUUCCUCGCACCUACCUUGCACGUCACCUCACCCAAUGUGGUCCUCUCUCCGGCCCUGUCAGCUGCCACUGGGUUGGGGGUCCCUAGGUGUUCUGUACCGGGGCGCGGACUGAUGAGAUGUCCUCCCUCGCGGGGUGUGGGUGUUCUGGGGACUGCUCCCCAUGGCCUUGCUAUGUGUGCAAUCAUCACGUUUCCUUUUAGUGGAUGGUCAAUCGCUGAAUAGAUGCUGAAAAACCCCGCAGAUUCUAAAGGCAUCCCGAUAGUUCUCCACGAGUCAGUAUUAAAGACAUCGAUCUCUGGGAUAUGUCCCGCUAGGGGGAAUGCAAUUCACAAGCGUGAUAUAAAAUAGCUUCAUCGGUGACUUCUAUAUAUGUUAUAUAUAAAAUAUUUUAUUUAAGUUUUACAUUUAUUUUUGUAGAUGGCUGAUUUUGGAGAGUUCUGAAUGUAUAUUUGGGGAUUUUCCCUGAGUUAUUGAGGAAGGAGCAAUGUUGUGCUGUACUUAUGCAGUGUUGUCCCUGGGUCCUGAGAGCACAGCACCACGGACACUGCGCUCUCCCGGUAAUUAUUUACCCCAAUCCGACAACACCUCUGGUACUUUGUUUAAAAUAAACUAUAACACUUUAUGCCAAAGGCGCAGUGUCUCCCAGCGUUGUUUGUGUUUGUGCUGGGUCAAGAGUCAUAGAACCAGCCAGGACAGAAAUAACUGGUCCUCAAUGCCCAUUCGAGCCUGUGACGUUCUUCGUGCCCUCACUACCCACAGGAGUACUACCAGAUAGUUAGAUAGUGCCCAGUAGUAUUCCUUUGUUCAAGAAAAGGUGUUGGGAUAACCCUGGGAAUUAUAGACCAGUCAGUCUUACUUCAGCGGUGGGCAAAUUAUUAGAGAAGAUUCUUAGAGGCGGGUUUUAUGAACAUUUGGAGAAGCAUGUUAGUCUGAUAUGUCUGUCCAUGGCCUCCUCUACCGUCAAGCUGAGGCCACACGCAGGUCGAUGGAGCAAUACCUUAUCUCCCUCCUAGGUAGCCUUUGGCAUGAACAUCCAACUCACAGACCUCCAUUGAUACCCCUGUCCCCCC